AAUUAUACGCAGAGGAAUCAUCUUUACGGACGCCCUAUAUGCAGUGCGAAGGGGUAUCCUUCAUGGAGAACCCUGUGUUUGCCGUGUUGGAAAUUCGGAGGGGUGUUCCACCGAGAGACGCAAAAGGGUGCGAAACGGGAAGCCGUCCGUGGAGCACAAAUGACACCAUUGACGGCGCACAAAAUCCGCUGGUGUCACCCUGUCAGUCGAUCCGGCCUCUCUUUUUCCCGAAGGUACAGUAAUUUCUUUCCCAGCAAAGGACCUCAUAUUCUCGCUUCGCAACAGUCUCGCUUCCAACUCUCUUCCCACGGCAACCAACCCUCUGACUUGUAUGACCACCGCCGCAACCGCCACCUCGUCCCUCAACCGCCGCCGUCCCCGGCAUUCCCUCCCACUCGACACCCCCACCCAAGAUGAUACCCACCAAAUCCCCACCCCCGACGACGAACUAGACCGCAGCUUCUUCGCAGCCGCUACCCGCUACGCCCAGUCUGCGCGCGGGGAGUAUCCGCCCCCUCCCGCACCAACGCGACAAUCUUCGAGUCAUACGGCGAGUAGCGGCGAGAAUGCGGGUAUUACGGGGCCGGCGCAAGCGGUCGGGGAUGGCAGACGGGGGAGCAGACCGCUGCGGGAGAUCCGACGGCCGGAGAUGUCGUAUGGGGGUAGUGGGCGUAUGGGUGAGAGUGGGAUUGUGACGACGCAACCACCACCGCGUCGGAAGUCGGAGGGGAUAGGGUCCACAAAAUCGGGCGAUACUUCCAGAGCAUCAGCGAUGGAUGGAAACUCCUCUGACGACCUCGAAAAAGCAUCCCUUCCCGGCUCCCCGCCCGCCGAUUUCCUCUCCUACUACGCCCUCCGCGCCGGCGCCGGCUCAUAUUACCAGAAAGCCCAAGAAUCCCCUGGUGAAUACUGCCCGCACAUGCAUAACCGUGCCCUCCCGAUCAUAGCGGAAGUGAACGGCGGCGGGUAUGAGGAUGUUGUUGCGAGAGUUGUGGAUGGCCGCGUCGUGCUGUUGAUGUAUUUGGAGGAUGUGGAGCUCUUUGAUGAGAUUGUGGGAUGGAGGGAGGGGAGAGGGGGGGUCGAGGCGGAGGAUGCGUUGAAGUUCUUUGCCGACCGACCCCACGUCGACGCCCUAACCCGGAUCAUCUUUGGCCCCCAGUCAACCGAAUGGGACGCCAUCCUCAAAUACAGUGUGGAGCCGUCCUCCGAAAGCAGCGCCAUCGUGCGCGGACUGUACACGCGGCAACUGCUGCUCGCGAACCUGUUUGUGGAAAUCGAGGUGGAUGCCGAGAGCGAGGGCGGGUGUGAGCGGUAUGUGAAGGUGAUGGCGCCCUUUGAUGCGUUGACUUUAGAAGCAGAGCGGGUUAAGUUAAGGAAGAGUUUGAAGCCUUUGAAAUCCCCGUCAUCUGGACCGUCACGGCCGCCCAUGAGCCCUCCAAGCAAAGGCAUCUCAACCGGAAACGCAUACAGCCCAACCGGAACCGCCUCCGAAAAAGGCAAAGCAGACCCCAGCACUAUCGUCGUCGAAAUCGCCACCCCCACCACCACACCGGACCCCUCACUCCGCCCACCCCUCCCCAAAUGCAAACAACCCUGGCCUAUCGCCAAAGUCUUCAUCCGCCUCGCCCGCUACAUGUUCACCAUCCAGCAAUGCCCCAAAGACCACCGCACCGCCAGUUUCCGGCGCGCCGCUCUGACCUCCUUCGUCGGCGGCGACCCUAACGAGCCGGGGGUGGGCAUCGAGGGGGUGUAUUACAACUUCUUCCGCAGCGCACGGCGGAUUGAGUUGACGUUUUCGAUCAUGUUGCAUCGCACACUCGACCCCGCCCCCGGCUCCCCCAUCUCCAAACGCACAACAAUCCGGGACCUCCUCGAAGACGACGUGUACACCGACUGGUACCCCGUGCACGACUGCGACGUGACCGCGCCGCGAUUCGGUGAUAAAAAGCAGUGUGGUCCACGCAGGCCGUCGCUUGCGGAACAAGCGAUGGGGAAGCGAAAGAGAUUGCGGGAGAUUUUGUUUGUGGAGUGGGUGCAGAGCCCGUUUUGGGUACGGCUGAAGGGGUGGAUUACGAGGGAUAAUGCGGAUCUAGUGAGGGAGUAUGCGGGGGAGCAGGUUGCGUUCUAUUUUGAUUGGUUAGCAUUCUACACCUUCUGGAUGCUCCCCGCCGCCCUCUUCGGCCUCCUCGUCUUCACCUACGGCCUCUUCCACGCCCUCACCCUCCACAUCGACCCGACCACGCGCACUCCCUCCAUGACCGACUCCAUGUACCGCCUCGGCUCCGCCUUCGACAACGGCGCAACAAUCGCGUUCACCCUCGGCAUGUCCAUCUGGGCCACCGUCUUCAUCGAGUCCUGGAAACGCCGACAAAAGUUCCUCGCGUACGUGUGGGAUGUGAGUGAGUAUCGCCGCGAGGAGCUGAUAAGACCGCAGUGGAGACCUACCAUGGUCACGCGCAACCCGUUGACGAGACGGAUCGAGAAACAUGACCCGUACCCGAACAGGAUCCUCAGACGCACGUGGACGAAUCUGGUCCUGGGCGUGUGUGCGAUGGUGUUGUUGGGGAUUGUGACGGGGGUUAUUGCGUAUAAGGCGUUUGUGAAGGCGACGUUUACGGAGAGUCGGGUUGUGAAGUGGGUGCUUUUGAGUGGGGUUGGGGGCGUGAUUGAAAUUGUGCAGGUGCUUGUUGUGCAGAAUCUCUAUAACCGUAUCGCGAUAAAGAUCAAUAACGGCGAUAACUACAAGUACGACAGUCAGUUUGAAGACGGCCUCAUAUUCAAAACCUUCCUCUUCAGCUUCAUCAACAACUACUCCGCCUUCUUCUACACCGGCGUCGUUAAAGCCAUGCUGGGCUUACACUACGUCUUCGGCAAAUACGCCGAACGCUGCGAAGCCAUCUCCUUCGGCGGCGCCACCUCCACGACCACAACAACAGGCGACCUGUCACCCGCGGGCGCAACGACCGAUAUCGAUUCGUCGUGCAUGCAGGAGAUCAUGCUGCAGAUGGCGAUCAUCUUUGUCGGGUUGCAGUUUGUGAGGGCGGGGGAGAAGGUUGCUUGGCCUUGGAUAGUCCAGCACCUCCGCGCAACCUUCAAAUCCCACCACUUCACCCUCCCAUCACCCCUCACCCCCGUCUCACCCGUCGUCGCCGCCCACACAUCCUCGCCGUCGUCAACAUCAUGGCGACCUACCCCCGCGUCGAGUGGGAGGAAGGCUAUCAGACGAGCGUCGGCGGGGGGUGUGGGGAGAGGAGGUGGGAGAGUCCCGCAGUAUGCGAUGGAUGAGGCGUUGUUUGCGUAUGAUGAUUGGACGCUUUGUCAGGAUUAUGGGAUGGCUGUGGUACAGUUUGGCUACAUUGCGCUCUUCUCGUGCGCGUUUCCGCUGGCGCCGAUCUUUGCGAUUGCUAAUAACGUCGUUGUGCUGCACAUCGAUUCGUGGAAGAUGCUAUUCGAAUACCGUCGCCCAUGGGCCCAGAGAGCCCAAUCAAUCGGCCUCUGGACAUCAAUCCUAACCGUAAUCUCAACAAUCGGGGCCCCCGCGAACGCCCUGAUCAUCGCCUUCAGCAGCUCGACGUUUGCGACGUAUGCGGAGCAUUGGGCGCCGGGUGGCAAUACGUUUGCGAUUAAGUUGGGGUUUGUCAUUGUUUUUGAGCACACAAUCCUCCUCAUCAAAGCCCUCCUAACCUUCCUCGUCCCGCCUUUACCGGGCACCGUGAAACGGGCCCUACGACGCGAAGCAUAUCUCAGACGAAUCGAUCGACGGGGGAGGCCGAAAGUCACCGGCAGUGGAAGAGAGGUUGGUGGAGUCGGGGGUUAUGGGAAUGAAUCAGACAGCGAUGAUGAUGAAGAGGAGGAUGAGUACCAGGAGAACGUUGCGAGGCAGAAGAUGGCGGCGAGGUGGGGGUGUUGGCCGUGGUAGUGUGUGUCUUAAGAUGGCGAGUUUGGACUUUUGGGAGCGGAUUGUUUUGUGGGAGGUGGGGUUGUGGUAUUUGCGAUUUUUCUGUGGUUUUUUUUUGGACUGGUUGUGAAAACGGCGUAGUAUACUGGAUAACUUGGUAGAUAGUUGUUUUGGACCUGCUUGUACAUUUUUUCUCUGUUCUCUG